AUGAGCAAAUUCGCACCACCCGUUAACCGGGAAAUGAAAGUGUUGGAUAAACUGUUCUUUGAUAAGCAAGUCCCAUUGGUAGUAGUCAAGUUUACCGAUUCCAAACACAUAGCAUCCUUUAAUAAACGGUGUAAGAAGGAUGUUUUAACUGUUCCGUAUGUGAAACACAUUGUUUAUCUUGAGAACGGGAUCAAAGGAGUUCUUCUCCGAGACGACAUUGACUCUGUGGAGGGUUAUCAAGACAAGCUCAAUGAAGAUACUGUAGCAGCCAUUAAAGAGUAUGGUGCUCAAGUGGAACCAUAUCAAUUGAAGUUGACAUAUGAUUUCUGGAAGGCUGACGACAUUCUUAAAGCAGUAAUCCCAGAAGAGUUACAAGAUGAACUUCCCACAGGGUUUGCACAAGCAGGACAUUUGGCCCAUUUCAAUCUUAAACGAGAAUUCAAGCCUUAUGGUGAGCUUAUAGGCCAAAUUAUAUUGGACAAGAACCCUAAAGUUGAGACCGUAGUAGAUAAACUUGAUUCCAUUGAUACCAAGUUCAGAACAUUUGAAAUGAAGGUAUUGGCAGGUAGGCCAGAUAUGAUGGUGGAACAACAAGAGUGUGGAUGUAAAUUUAAGUUUGAUUUCAGUAAGGUGUACUGGAAUUCGCGGUUGAAUACUGAACACGAAAGGUUGGUGAAGGAGUUCCCUGCUGGAGAAGUUGUAGCUGAUGUUUUCGCUGGAGUGGGGCCAUUUGCCGUACCAGCUGGUAAGAAACGGGCCUUGGUGCUAGCCAAUGAUUUGAACCCUGAAUCGUUCAAGUACUUGAAGGAGAACAUUGAGUUGAACAAAGUUGGUGAUGUGGUGAAACCAUUUGAAUUGGACGGAAGAGAGUUCAUCAAAAAGAGCCCCCAACUUCUUUUGGAUUGGGCAUCCAAAGACCAAGUCAUUGAACGAAGUAAAGUCGUCAAAAGAAGAAAAUUAGACCCCAUAACCAAUGAAAAUAUAACCGUUAAAGAAACUUCCAUAACCAGAACCACGGUGCCCAAAUAUAUUUCCCAAUACGUGAUGAACUUACCUGCUUCAGCACUUGAGUUUCUUAACGAAUUCAUUGGUCUUUACAGUCAAGUGGAAGACACGGUUAAGGCUGAUUCUCACUUCAAACUCCCCAUAAUCAACGUCCAUUGCUUUGAAAAGUACUCGAGAGACGAAGUUCCAGAACCAUCAAUGGACCAAUUGGAAAGGAGAGUCCAUAAAAGAAUAUGCACUAUCAUGGAGUAUCCUAUUGCCUUUGAAGAGUGUCAUUUUCAUGUGGUGAGAUACGUUGCUCCUACCAAACCCAUGUUCUGCGUGAGCUUUGUCUUACCAGAAGCCGUAGCCUUUAAAAAGAGCUAA